AUGGACGACAUGCUUUCGAGGCCUUUCCAUGCAGUGGACGCCUCCGAGACCGUCCUGGCUGCGCGAGCCGCAGCAGCCGUGCUGCCGAGUGAUCCUCGCUGGCACAGCGAGGGCCUGAUGGUUCUUGAUCCUGACGGCUUUGUCACCGAGGAGGCGGCGCCCUUGCUACUGACACAACCCCGCCUGGCGCUGCGGCUCCGGGCCGCGCAGGGCAGCAGUAUCGAGGCCGCUACUUUACUCCGCCUCUUCCUUCGGCCUCUGACGCAGUGGGCGCUGCCGGAGGAGGGUUGUCCUGCGCAGUGCGCACGGCCCUCGGUCCCUACGAGAUAUCGAGAUGCAGGGACUUAG